AUGAGCUCAUCCGACGUUCGUGACGUGUUAAACCUUUCGGAGGGCGCAUCCGGCACGCGACCGAACAAAAAGCAGAGGCUCGCAGCCCCCCGACCGAAUCUUAAAGGCCUUGCCCGCGAGGUGCACAAUCUUGGCGGCGACAACCCCAUCGCGAUCGUGCCGGAGGUGACCCAGUUCAAAAAGAGACGAUUUGCUAACCGCAAACCGGCCUCACGAUGGGAGAUGCGAUCGUUCCGGAACACAGCACGUAAUGACUCUACUCUGAUUUUAAAGCACUGGAGACGGAUAGAGGAGAAGCAGGAAAACCAGGGCUCUCCUGCGGAAGAGCUGAAGCAGGAGAAUGGUACUCAAGAGGGGCAAGCACCCACGCAAGAUGGAAUGGAAGAUUCCACUUUCGCGAAGUUCAACGCACAAGUCUCCGUCCCACAAUACAGCGACGACCAGUACGCCCAAACGCUGGCUAGCGAUACCUGGACGAAAGACGAGACCGAUUAUCUCCUGGAUCUGGCGAAGGCGUUUGAUUUGCGGUGGCCUUUGAUUUGGGACCGAUACGAGUGGACACCCCCGGCAACUAAUGGUGAAGCCAACGAAAACGGCGAUGAGAGUAAGGCUAUCGUCCCGUUGCCGGACACUCAGGCUCGCACUAUGGAGGAUUUAAAAUCCCGUUACUACGAGGUGGCGGCCAAGAUGAUGGCAGUCCAGAAGCCUGUUCAGUACAUGACGCAGCCUGAGUUCGCAUUGCAUGAACUAAUGGCACAUUUCAAUCCGGAGCAAGAGAAGAUGCGGAAGAACUUUGCUCUGAAUGCAUUUACGCGGUCAAGAGAAGAAUCUCGUGAGGAGGAGUCUCUUCUUCUGGAGAUCAAACGCAUACUAGCUCGGAGUGAGCGCUUUAACGAGGAGCGAAGAGAGCUGUAUAGCCGUCUGGAUUACCCCCACGCAGAGACAGAUAUCAGCAGCUUCAAGUCAUCCGCCGGCCUUCAAACGCUUCUUGGUACGCUCAUGAAUGCGACAUCCAAGAAGCGCAAGACGCUACCCGGACCCGAAGGAGCAAGUCCCUCGAAUCCCGCACCUCCACAAGCUCCAGUCCAGGACCCUGGCAGGCGGGAGAGCAGUGGCCCGUCUACCGGAAAUCGCGAACCUCCAGCAACUGGAACACCUACUGCAGCAAACAAGAAAGGCCAAUCACAAACCCAACAGCCGCCUGCCGAGCGGCCGAAGCUCACUGAGAAGGAGGAGGCAAUCUAUGGUGUUUCGCAUCAUGACCGGCUGGGUUCUGGCCCUACGUUCCGAACAGAGAAAAUCAACAAAUUAUUCUCUCACAAGUCUAACCAGCAACAACUACGCAUCAACAACACUCUUAAUGAAUUGGAUGUGCCAAGCAAGUUGGUAAUGCCCACGUCUGCUACAACACUACAGUAUGAGCAGCUUCUAGGAGCUGUCAAUAGCCUCCUAGAAGCUCGCAAGGUUUCUGAUAAGCUCGACGGAGAGAUCAAAAUUGAGCUUGCCAAGAAAGCUGAGCGAGAAAAGACCAAUGCUCCACCUGACAGCGAGAACUCAAAGGCGCAAGAGGAUUCUUCCAAGGAGAACACAGAGAAGGGUGCUGCCACUGCAGCCCCUGAUGCAGAAGCGACCUCAAAACUUGAUUUAACCGACCUAGAUGACGUCGAAGAAGGCGAUGCUCCUAAAAAUACCAAAGCAGCGGGCGCUCAAAAGGAGGAGGAGAUUGGGGUGGAGGGUAAAGCUUUACGGCCAGGAAGCAGCGGUGCCUCGAAUAAGCGUAGUGCAAGCGUGCUAAGUACUGCGAGCGACAAAAGUUCGAAGCGACAGAAAAAGUAA